GUGACUCUAAUCUCUUGGAUCAAUUACAUCCAUCCGGCCAAGAUUUGGUAAAAAAAAAAGUGGUCAAAGAAUGGAUUGCUCCGGUCAAAGCAGUAAUAUCAUCAAGAACCGCGACUUCAAAGAUGGGUUACACGAAUGGCGCCCAAAUGGCUGCAAAGUUUUUGUGGUGAAUCCAGCAGAUAGUAGUAGUGGCUGUGCUUAUGCUGUGAUGACAAAUAGAGAGGAGGCAUGUCAAGGCAUGGAGCAGGACAUCACUGGCCGUGUCUCGAAAGGUUGCACUUAUUCAAUCCGCGCUUUUGUGACAGUCGCCGGAAAACAUCCCGCCGGGAUGGCUACUGCAGUUAUGGCCACCCUCAGGCUUGUAUACAAACAUUCUGCCAUGUGCUUUAUUUGUAUCGGAAGAAAGACCGUUUGGCCGAACUGUUGGGAAGCUCUCGAAGGCACGUUUUCUUUGUCCACAAAUCCAGACCAAGUCGUCUUU